CUUUCCUUUUCUUUUCUUUUUUAUUGUUAUCUUACAUUCUUAUUCUCCACCAUGCCUUCACAAGGACGUUCAAGAUCACCUCCUAUUAGACAGAACGAUUCAGAUAAAUAUGGAGAUUAUCAAGAUCAAAGUACUAGGAGUCGUCGAGAAGAUAGUAGAAGCGAUCGUUAUUCUAGCUAUCGAUCUUCAUCUAGUCGUCAAGAUUAUAGUAAUCGUAAUGGUCAUGAUCGUUCUCGACACUCUUCCUCUUACGAAGACAACAAUGACAGCAGAAAUGAAGACAAUCAACGUCACUCUGAUAACACAUCAUCGAUUACAAACGAAACAGGAAAAGAUCAAGUUGCCAAUAGCAUGGAAUCUACCAAGAAAAGGGUCCCUGUGUCUAUUGAAGAAUUGAUCAAGAAAAAGAAUGAACAAACAAAUAUGGCAAAGCCCAAGUUUUUGACCAAAGAAGAACGAGCGCAGUUAGCUUUGGAACGACGACAAAAGGAAGUGGAAGAAUUAAGAAAACGACAAGCAGAAGAACGGAAAAAACGUGAAAAUUUUGACUUCCAAGCCGAAGAUGACUACAGGAAGCAACAAGACGAUGAAAGAUACAAACGACGUGGCAAUGAUAGAUAUCAACGAUCAGAUCGACGACGACAACGUGAUCCGUCCCCUUCGCCAGAGCCUGAAGAAUUGAAUGAUUCUUUGACAGAGAAGGAAAAACAAGCUAUUCGGGAUCGAUAUUUUGGUGGUGAUCGUAGAAAACGAAAGAUUAGAAAAAUGAAUGAACGGAAAUUUGUUUUUGAUUGGGAUGCCGGAGAGGAUACGUCUCGUGAUUUCAAUCCAUUAUAUGCCAAUCGACACAAUGCUCAAAUGUUUGGAAGGGGUCAUAUUGCUGGUAUUGAUAUCAAGGAACAAAAAAAGAAACAAUCGGAAUUCUAUAACACUUUAUUGAAGGAACGAAGAACAGAAGAAGAAACCGAACGUGCUAGGGAACUGAUUGAAUUGGAUCACAAACGUGAAGCCAAAACAAAAUGGGAUGAUCGUCAUUGGAGUGACAAAUCUUUGGAAGCUAUGACAGAAAGGGAUUGGCGUAUUUUCAAAGAAGAUUAUAGCAUUGCAACUAAAGGUGGUAGCAUACCUCACCCCAUUCGUCACUGGAAUGAAUCUGGUUUACCAAAACGUGUAUUGGAUAUCAUUGAUCGAAUUGGUUACAAAGAACCUUCACCCAUUCAAAGACAAGCUAUUCCUAUUGGUAUGCAAAAUCGUGAUAUCAUUGGUGUGGCAGAAACUGGGUCUGGUAAAACGGCAUCGUUUAUUAUUCCCAUGCUUACAUAUAUAUCUGAACUUCCCAAGAUGACAGAAGAAAAUGCCAUGGAUGGUCCUUAUGCUUUGAUUUUGGCACCUACACGUGAAUUAGCACAACAAAUCGAACAAGAAGCUCUCAAAUUCGCUGUUCCUAUGGGUUUUACUUGUGUAUCCAUUGUCGGUGGUCAUGCUAUUACGGAACAAGCUUUCAAUAUGCGGAAUGGUGCUGAAAUUGUGAUUGCUACACCUGGUCGUCUUACUGAUUGUUUGGAUCGUCGUAUUAUUGUUCUCAAUCAAUGUGCCUAUGUAGUGAUGGAUGAAGCUGAUCGAAUGAUUGAUAUGGGUUUUGAAAAUGAUGUCAACACUAUAUUGGAUGCCUUACCUGUAUCGAAUGUGAAACCUGAUGAUGAAACGGAACAAGACAAAAGCAACGACAAUAAAGUGGAUGAAGGUGAUCGAAAAGGCAUGAUCACAACCACUACUGGGGAUCAAAAAUAUCGACAAACUACCAUGUUUUCAGCCACCAUGCCUCCUGCUGUGGAAAGACUGGCCAAAAAGUAUUUACGAAAUCCUGCUGUAGUUACUAUUGGUAAUGCUGGUCAAGCUGGUAGCACUGUGGAACAACGUGUUGAAAUGAUUGAUGAUGAUGGUCGAAAGAAGAAUCGUUUACUUGAAAUUCUUGGAACGAACAAAUAUACACCUCCUAUUAUCAUUUUUGUCAAUCAGAAGAAAGGUGUGGAUAUUUUGGCAAAGGCAUUGAACAAAUUGGGUUAUCAUGCGGUUACAUUACAUGGUGGUAAAUCUCAAGAACAAAGAGAAGCAGCAUUGGACAAGUUAAAAUCUGGAUCGGCCGGUGUCUUGGUAGCUACUGAUGUUGCUGGUCGUGGUAUUGAUGUGAAAAACGUAUCUUUGGUAGUCAAUUAUGAUAUGGCUAAAUCAAUUGAAGAUUAUACUCAUCGUAUUGGUCGUACGGGUCGUGCUGGACAAUCUGGUGUGGCCAUCACCUUUUUAUCAAGUUAUGAUACGGAAGUCAUGUAUGAUCUGAAGCAAAUGUUGACGAAAUCACCUCUUUCCAAGGUACCUCCUGAACUGGCUCGACAUGAAGCUGCACAAACUAAACCUGGUACUAUCAAAAAUCAAAAACGACAUGAUGAUGAAUUCUAGGAAAUCCUUUUUAAAAAAUAUAUUUUGUUUUGAAUAAAUAAGUUGGUUUAUGCAAAAAA